UAACUUUUUAGGGGCGGCCGCGGCGCGGGGCUCCCUUCCUCGUGCUCUGCGUUGAGCUCCUGCAGCCGCCGCCGCCGCAGCAGCGGUCGUCCCUGCCCUCCCCGGCCCCGGGGUGCACCCCGCAAGGCUCCCGCUGGUGUCCCUGGAGCAUGGGAGGCUGCUGAGCGUGAGUGGCGGGGUCCGGCAGGAGCUGCGUGGCAGGGAGGGCGUCCAUGCCUGCAGCCAACAAGGGCAACAAGCCCAGAGUCCGGAGUAUCCGCUUUGCGGCAGGCCGCGAUGCAGAAGGAUCCCACAGCCACGUCCACUUUGAUGAGAAGCUGCAUGACUCGGUGGUCAUGGUCACCCAGGAGAGUGACAGCAGCUUUCUGGUCAAGGUCGGCUUCCUGAAGAUCCUGCACAGGUAUGAGAUUACCUUCACUCUGCCCCCAGUGCACAGGCUGAGCAAGGAUGUCCGCGAGGCACCUGUCCCCAGCCUGCACCUCAAGCUCCUCAGCGUGGUGCCGGUCCCUGAAGGUUAUAGUGACAAGUGCGAGUACUCAGCGCACAGAGAGGGCGUCCUCAAAGAGGAGAUACUGCUAGCCUGCGAAGGUGGCACUGGUACCUGUGUGCGCGUGACAGUGCAGGCCCGCGUCAUGGACCGGCACCACGGCACGCCCAUGCUGCUGGAUGGUGUCAAGUGCGUGGGCGCCGAGCUGGAAUACGACUCAGAGCACAGCGACUGGCACGGCUUUGACUGAGGCCCGAGGCCCUGCCUGCCCCGGGCCCCUCAGCCUUAAACCCCGCCUCGUCCCCCCGACAUGCUGCGUGAUGGUGUGGCUUCCUCGCCCCUCUUUGGGGUGGGCGUGGGGGUGGAGUGGCCUUGCCCACGCCUCUCACCUCUGCCUUCAUUUGUGCUGCCACCCUGCCCCUCCCGCGUCCUCCUCUCCCACUUCCUCCUCUCUGUGUGCCUCAGUCUCCUGCCGGAAGAAAUGGGUUGAGCCAGAAAGGAGGCUGUCUGAGGAAGGGAGAGGGAGGGCCUAGGGUGGGUUCCCCACUCCCCAGCCCAAGCCACAGAGGCUCCAACCAGGGUCUGGGAGAGGAUGGAGCUGGCUCUGUGAUGUCGUGGCCCCAUUACUGCUGCUGCUGCUUUGCUUCAGCCACCUCUCCUGCCCCUGCCUAGUCCCCACUGCUGUCCACCAUGAGUAGGUGGGAGGUGCAGUCCCCAGCCCCCACCCCUCAGGUCUGUGUUACUUGGUUUUUAAGCGACUGGUUGGGAUAGAACCCUAAAGAAAUAAAACUUCCAGUGGAUACCGGAAAA